AGAAGAAGCGAAAGAAGAAGCUCUCAAAAUGUCUCUCGGACACGAAGACGACCUCUCGCCACAACCUGAAGGCCAGAACCCGGCGCAGGAACAACAACCGGUGGAUUACAAUGCAACCCAGCAACAACCGGCGACAGCUCCCGUCGCCGACACCGUCGACGUUCUGGUACCGGCUCCGACCAACAGGCCCAGGAAACUGAUCAAGUCGACUUCCAAGAAUCCGCCUCCACAGAUGGACGCGACGCGACAAGAAGGCGGGGCGAUGUCUUCGAAUCGCGCUCGACGUGACAGGAAAAACAAACUUCGCCAACCGGACGAGAUGUCGUCGCCUCCGCAGUCGGGAGGAGAAAACGUGGCCCAGGCGGCGAAGGAGCUGCGUCGAGCCAGCGAGGCGGCAGCGUUGCCAGGGGACCACGCUGAUGCACCGGUGGAAACCGGCGCUCUGGUUGCCGUCGCCGAAUUCGACGCCAAAUCAACGGUGCAGAACCAAGGAAAGGAAGGCAAAGGGCGCCGCUCGCUGUCCGCGCAAGGUGGCGACCAGCAGCAGAAGGAGGCUGCCGAUGAACACCAGGCCGCGCCUGGCGAGGACAGCAUCGUCGCUGUCUUCGGCGGCAACGGCGCCUACCAGCGGCUGUCGCUGGGGUUCGCCAUUACGGCCUACUUCGCCGUGGCCGUCCACACCUUCCUCGACACCGUCAUCGUGCGCGACGUGCGCUUCGCAUGCAGACCGCCAAGCUGGGCGAAUGAAUCGCUUCCUCCGGAAGACAGCUGGACCACCACGCAGGGCUGGUCGAAGCACGACAACGGCAGCGCCUGUCGUCAGCAGCGACAGCCGGAAAGUGGUGACGUCACUGCUCCCUGCACUGCGUGGCUCUACGCGAACUUCAGCCACCCCAACAGCAUUGUGCAAGAGUGGGACCUGGUGUGUUCGCGGCAGUGGCUGCGGCCUUUCACGCGAUUCGGCUUCAUCGCCGGCUGCCUGAUAGCCUGGGUGCUGCCUUUCCUGAUCGACAGGGCCGGCCGGCGUCCGAUGAUUCUUCUGGGAGUGGUGAUGGCUUCGGCGAGCUCGUUGGCCAUCUACUUCGUUCAGUCGGUGCAGCUGUUCAUGCUAUUCCGCUGUGUCCUGGGGCUGUUCCUGGCCAUCAUCUACAUCACCAGCUUCGUUCUCAUGUUCGAGAUCGUGUCGAGCGAGUACGUGGCGCUGUUCGCCCUGAUCUCACAGCUUGGAUUUUCCUGCGGGCAGCUGUUCGUGGGCAUGCUUGACAAGCCCCAGCUCACGUGGCGAUGCGUGCAGCUGAGCUGCUGCCUGCCCGUCUGCGCAUGCGUAAUCGCCAUCAUCGCCGUGAGCGAAUCUCCGCGGUGGUUGGUGGCGCGUGGCAGCUUGGACCAGGCCGAGGCGGUGAUGAUGCACGCCGCGCGGCUGAACGGCGUCCGCAAGCGGAAGGCCCAGUUCCUCUGGCGGAAGGCGUGCAACGAACUCGAGAAGUCGCAAGAGCGCUGGUCCAUGGUCCUUCGCACGCCUUUUCGCGGCUUGCUGAUGUCCUCGACGAACUCACACUUUGUCCUGGUCAUGCUCGUCACCAGGUUCUCGUGCACCCUGGUGUACCUGAGCGUGGUCACGCACUUCUGGCAGCGCGCCACGCACGGAAUGUUCAGGGCCAAGCAUCUGGCCACCAUGCGCAUGGUUUCCGUGGUGACAGCCUACGUCCUCAUCGAGCGCUACGGGCGCCAGCGCACCUCGGCGGUCGGCCUCUUCGUCGCGGGCGUCACCUGGACGCUCACCGCGUUCGUGCAGAACGAGGACGACCUUGAGUACACGGUCCUGGUUGUUCUCGGUUUGUUUGUGCAAGCCAUAGUGCACUCAGUGCUGUCCGUGAUGAACGUGGAGCUGUUUCCGCAGCUCGUGCUAACAUUCGCCUACUGCUGGGGCGAGGCAUCCAGCGUGCUCGGCGCGCUCAGUUCACCAUACAUCACGUUGCUGGGUGGCGACGACGGGUCGGUCGUGCCGCUCGUGCUGUUCGCUGUGCUGACGCUGCUCAGCAGUGGCCUGGUGCUCACCGUGCCCGAGACGAGACGGCCGACCGCUUACGCGCGCGCCCGUGCCACGACGCUAUUCGAUGCUCCAGUAGCAUCUCCAUAAACUACGUCAGCAACGUGGAAGACGGUGGUCCCUGACUGGCCCCCGUCCCGGCUUGCAUCGGGCGUCGUUCAAUUCGUUCGGUCUCAGGGACCACGCCUAACCACCCGCCGCGCAGUUUCGUGCUUAUAGCUUUUUCUGCGGACGCCGCAGAUUUGAAGAUGCUCCCAUCUGCAGUUUUUCGAUAAACUUAUACUACAGC